GUGGCAGUAGGAGUCAAACAAAAGUAGAUCCAAUAAACAGGCUUUGGCUUUCCCUAGUUGUCCAUCCAACAAGAAGAUAUUCUGCACAACACGACAACAUAAGCAGACAUUGAAGUGGUCGGAGAUUGUUGGGAUUCAAUCUGAAACUGAGAAACCAAGAUGGUGACGAGAACAGAGGAAGAAGAGGUGAACAGAUUGGAGAACCAAGUAGAGAAUGGUGGAGGUGGUGUUUGGGAAUAUCUUUGUCUUGUUCAUAAACUCAAAAUUCGUCGAUCUGAUAUGGUAUUGAAGCAUGGGUUAUCCAUUCUUAAUGAUUCCAAAAAAAGAUCUGCUCUUGGCCAUCAAGAAUGGACUCUAUAUGAGCAGGUAGCUGUUGCAGCUAUGGAUUGUCAAUCUAUUGAUGUAGCUAAGGACUGCAUAAAGGUUUUGCAAAAGAAGUUUCCUGGGAGCAAAAGGGUUGGCAGGCUAGAAGCUAUGUUGCUAGAGGCCAGGGGAUUAUGGUCAGAGGCAGAAAGUGCUUACUCAAGCCUUUUGGAGGAAAAUCCAUUUGAUCAGGUUGUACAUAAGAGGAGGGCAGCCAUGGCAAAGGCGCAAGGCAAUACGUCAGCAGCAAUUGACUGGCUUAACAAGUAUCUUGACUUAUUCAUGGCUGAUCAUGAAGCUUGGAGAGAGCUUGCUGAAAUAUAUGUUUCCUUGCAAAUGUACAAGCAAGCAGCUUUUUGCUAUGAGGAGCUGAUCUUAUCUCAACCGACAGUUCCUUUAUAUCACCUAGCCUACGCUGAUGUGCUCUAUACACUUGGUGGACUAGAAAAUCUUCAGACGGCAAAGAAAUAUUAUGCAUCUACCAUAGACUUAACUGGUGGCAAGAGUACCAGAGCACUUUUUGGCGUAUGUUUGUGUACGUCUGCCAUCGGGCAGCUGACUAAAGGACGAAACAAGGAGGACAAGGAGAGCUCGGAGCUACAAUCUCUGUCCGCAAUGGCAUUGGAAAAAGACUAUAAGCAGAGAGCUCCCAGCAAGCUCUCCGUGCUUAGUUCAGCAUUGAGAAGCUUGAAAAUCUAACCUAAUCACGUUAGCAUAUAGUUAGCAGCACCACACUGUUCGCAGCGUGCCCUUCAAGAUUCCAAGUCUGUCAAUCUGCUUACCUUUUUGCAGAUAUUUUUUUUUUUUUUUUGUUCUCAUUCUUCUACUCUUUGCAUUAUUUUACUUACUUGUUGAAGUGCUGUUUCACUUGUUAAGUAGGGGAAGCAAAUGACGUUAGCAAGAUUAUUAUUGUUAGACAAUUUUGGGGAAGUUUAAUGCUGAAUAGAAUACUUGAACUAAA